AUGAUUAUUCACACUGGAGAAAAACCGUUCACAUACACUCAGUGUGGAAAGAGUUUCACAACCAAAAGCAAUCUCGAAGAUCAUCUGCGCUCUCACUCUGGAGUGAAAUCGUUCAGCUGUGAUCAGUGUGAUAAAACAUUUGUUGGGGUAUCAAGCUUAAGAAAACACCUCAAAGUUCAUGCUGGUGUGAAGCCUCACUUUUGUUCUUUGUGUGGAAAGAGUUUUAUAUAUCUGCAAAUUUUAGAACUGCAUGAGCGUAUUCAUACUGGGGUGAAACCUUAUAUGUGCUUUGACUGUGGGAAGACCUUCACUGCAUCCAGUGGCUUAAAAAGACACCAGAGAGUUCAUACUGGAGAGAAACCGUACAAGUGCUCACUCUGUGGGAAGACCUUCACUACAUCCGGUGGCUUAAAAAGACACCAGGGAGUUCAUACUGGAGAGAAACCGUACAAGUGCUCACUCUGUGGGAAGACCUUCACUACAUCUGGUAGCUUAAAAGGACACCAGGGAGUUCAUACUGGAGAGAAACCGUACAAGUGCUCACUCUGUGGGAAGACCUUAACUACAUCCGGUUGCUUAAAAAGACACCAGAGAGUCCAUACCGGAGAGAAACCGUACAAGUGCUCACUCUGUGGGAAGACCUUCACUGCAUCCGGUUGCUUAAAAAGACACCAGAGAGUUCAUACUGGAGAGAAACCGUACAAGUGCUCACUCUGUGGGAAGACCUUCACUACAUCCGGUGGCUUAAAAAGACACCAGAGAGUUCAUACUGGAGAGAAACCGUACAAGUGCUCACUCUGUGGGAAGACCUUCACUACAUCCAAGGGCUUAAAAAGACACCAGAGAGUUCAUACUGGAGAGAAACCGUACAAGUGCUCACUCUGUGGGAAGACCUUCACUGUAUCCGGUGGCUUAAAAAGACACCAGAGAGUUCAUACUGGAGAGAAACCGUACAAGUGCUCACUCUGUGGGAAGACCUUCACUACAUCCGGUGGCUUAAAAGGACACCAGAGAGUUCAUACUGGAGAGAAACCGUACAAGUGCUCACUCAGUGGGAAGACCUUCACUACAUCCAAGGGCUUAAAAAGACACCAGAGAAAACCGUACAAGUGCUCACUCUGUGGGAAGACCUUCACUGUAUCCGGUGGCUUAAAAGGACACCAGAGAGUUCAUACUGGAGAGAGACCGUACAAGUGCUCACUCAGUGGGAAGACCUUCACUGCAUCCGGUUGCUUAAAAAGACACCAGAGAGUUCAUACUGGAGAGAAACCGUACAAGUGCUCACUCUGUGGGAAGACCUUCACUACAUCCGGUGGCUUAAAAAGACACCAGAGAGUUCAUACUGGAGAGAAACCGUACAAGUGCUCACUCAGUGGGAAGACCUUCACUGUAUCCGGUGGCUUAAAAGGACACCAGAGAGUUCAUACUGGAGAGAAACCAUACAAGUGCUCACUCAGUGGGAAGACCUUCACUGUAUCCGGUGGCUUAAAAAGACACCAGAGAGUUCAUACUGGAGAGAAACCGUACAAGUGCUCACUCAGUGGGAAGACCUUCACUGUAUCCGGUGGCUUAAAAAGACACCAGAGAGUUCAUACUGGAGAAAAACCGUACAAGUGCUCACUCAGUGGGAAGACCUUCACUGUAUCCGGUGGCUUAAAAAGACACCAGAGAGUUCAUACUGGAGAGAAACCGUACAAGUGCUCACUCAGUGGGAAGACCUUCACUGUAUCCGGUGGCUUAAAAAGACACCAGAGAGUUCAUACUGGAGAGAAACCGUACAAGUGCUCACUCAGUGGGAAGACCUUCACUGCAUCCGGUUGCUUAAAAAGACACCAGAGAGUUCAUACUGGAGAGAAACCGUACAAGUGCUCACUCUGUGGGAAGACCUUCACUGCAUCCAGUGGCUUAAAAGGACACCAAAGAGUUCAUACCGGAAAGAAGCCGCACCAAUGCUCUUCAUGUGGGAAGGGUUUCUCUGGAUUAUCUAGUCUACAGGAGCAUAAGAAAAAGCAUUCCCCGAAGGUGUCUAAAUGA